AUGGAAGAUUUAAUAAUAGAAAUGAAGAAAGAGCUUCAAGAAGCUGCAGCAGCCAAGUCAGAUCUCUAUAAUUUUGACUUCCUUUCAGACACUCCACGCCAUGAAAAUAAAAGAUUUUCAUGAGCAAUUGACCAGGAAAAGUCAAUUGAAAGCGAGAGAGCCAUAGACAAAUUAAAACAAAGAAGGCAUCGUUUAAUUCUGAUUGAAGACAACUUCGACCUGAUUAAACCUUUGCGACUACUGGAGACCUUAAAGGCAUAA